GCUUCCUGUGGCUUCUGCUUCCUGCAUGUUGACGGCGCCAAAGCUGCCGUCUCCUUACUGCUGGUCUAUGACAUGACUUUAAAAUAUUUCAUUUGCCACUGAUCCGUGAUCCGUCGGCACGGUCGCCGGGGCGAGCAGAAGGAGAAAUAUAUCUGCUGUUGUUUCUGUUCUGCUUUUAUUUAUCUCUGGGAUUGGACACCGUAGAGAGGAAGAGCGCAGCCAGUAUUCUGAGUAUGUACAUGACGAAUGCAGAGCUUCUCAGCAACAGAGACCGACCGUGAGGUAUCGCAGUAUCACAAACUCAGUGAUGAUCGUGGGAACAGAUGGAGCGAGCAACACGACAAGUGCAAACCCAGACAGCAUUAAUAGAUUUUCAGCCCGAACGUCACAGAGCUGCAUCACGCCCCAUGAUUCAGGCAGCACCAGACGAGUGGUGCUUCACAGACGAGAGGAGGAUGUGAGCGUGGUGCUGCUGGUGAAACCCCACAGGAGCGCGAGGCUCGAGUUAGUGAAUGCAUCGUUCUGCUUCAGUGACGAUCGACUCGGGCCUGGGGAGGUGGAGCUGGAUGCAGAGCACCAACAGAGAGUCCCUGGGACCGAGCAGGGGGGGGUCCCCACCCCCCAGGUCAAGCUGAAAGAGAGGCAGAAGUUCUUCGAGGAGGCUUUCCAGCAAGACAUGGAGCAGUACCUGUCUACUGGCUACCUGCAGAUCGCCGAGAGGAGAGAGCCAAUAGGAAGCAUGUCGUCGAUGGAGGUGAACGUGGACAUGCUGGAGCAGAUGGACCUGAUGGACAUGUCCGACCACGAGGCCUUGGACGUGUUCCUGCAUUCUGGAGGCGAGGACAACAGCGCCGCCUCACCUGUCGCAGGUCCUGAUGUUGAGUCCUUCACCACAGAGAUCAGCCUCCAGGUUCCCACGCAGGCUGAGCUCCGUCACAAGCUUUCGUCCCUUUCAUCCACUUGCACUGAAUCAGCCAGUCAGGACACAGAGGCGGGGGAGGAGGAGGAGGACGAGGAGGAGGAGGAGGAGGCGGCCGCGGAGCAAGCGGGGGGCGGCGUCGGGGGGUCUGGAGGAGGGAGGAGGAAAAGGCCCCCAGUGGUGGUGACCCAGGACGAGGAGGAGGUGCAUCCCGACACGGCGCUGGUGGAAAGGCUGGACCAGGAGGAGCAGGCCCACAAAGACUGUGAGGAGAGCAGGCCGAAGGCCCGUCGGAGCGCUUCAUGUGGCGAAGGAAUGCAGAGCGCGGUACAGGAGCCGAGGGUGCAUUUAAAUAGAGGUUCUACUGGGGGAGAAUAUUUGACUAAAUAUGAAUAAAUAUGUUCAUUAUUACAGUUGUAGAUUUUUUUUAACUGAAAGCUAAGACAAAAAGCAAUACUGGUGUUGUUUUGGGUAAAAUGCAUUCAAGGCUGGAUGUAUUGGUGCAUCAGUGAAGCUCAUGCAAACUGCUGGGUUCUUAGUUUGCAUGUUCAGUGUGUGGUGAGUGAGAACAUACUGUAUGAAAACCCAUUGUGCUACUGUCAGACUGUGCAGGGACCCCCUUCCAACCAAAGGCCUGGUGAAUGAUGGAACAAGUUUACGUUGUACGCUGUAGCUUUAAUUUAAAUCUGUCAAAUAUACAGUGAAAUUAAACUUUUGAUUCAGGUCAGUGGAUUGUGUCUGGUGUAGGUCUAUAGUGAUUAUUAGUCACUUCAACCCCAAAUAAACCAAAUGCAGAGUAAUACAAUGUCUAAUGAAACUGAUUUAAAGUUUUAAAUUGUCAGAAUAGGUGAUGACUGAUCACAUGUAAUCUGCCUGCAGGCUGUUGGCGUCUGGUCAUAACGCUUCGUAUUACUUCCCUAGAUGUGAAACCGUUUCAUGCUCCGAACCCGUUCAGACCAUUUGAGGUCAGCACACAAUGAGACACGAGCCUGCGGGAAAGAAAUGACCGUGAAUUGUCGGUAAGUUUUUAUUAAACCUUAAGUACAAACUGCAAAAGUAAAAAACAGUCAAUAUAACCAACAUGAGACUCUUUCCAAGUGGCGGGAAAGGCCGAGAUGCGGCACUAAUAAAUUAAGUCACCAGAGACCCCACUGUGAGCAAGUAGUUUAUACUGUAGAAAAUGGAAGAAACAAACAAUAAUAUAACUGAAAUCCUGUCUGAAUAAAAUAUAUUGUAAGGCCAUAAAAACUUGACAACCACUUUUUUUAUGCUGAAAACACCCAACUUGGUAUUUCAUUAAAUAGUCCUAGAACAGUUCAGUCUUCUGCGAGGGACAACGACCAACAAACUGGAUUAUAGGAUUUUCCUUGACAGUCACCACUGGCAAGCUCAGUGCAACAUGAGUAGCUACUACAUUUUUGUUGAAUUUUCAGUAAUGAAAAUGUAAAAACCCAUUUUUUUUUCAACAUAUCUUUUUUUCCCUUUUCUUUAAAAAAGUAAAGCUAAACAAACAAAACUAGGUUGGGGGGCAGUCAUUGGCUACUCAAUAUCUUCUUUCUUAAUGAUAUAAGCAGCACUUAAAAUUUGUAUACACGUUCACCAGAGCAACCCUGUAAGCGUCACACUCACAUGGAUGAAGAAAGGGAAAUGUAAGGCUUUUUCUUCAUCGAGCACUCUUGUCUGAAACUUCUCUAUUCCUUCCUUUCUUUCUUAACCCCAGAAAAAGGCUCAAGUAUUUAAAAAAAUUUACAGGAUUAUGUACAAAAAAAAAUGAUGUUUUGUUUGUGUUGGACUUUUUCCUCUCUGAAAAAUCACUCAAUAUAUCUGGAAAAAGGACAAAAAUGCAAAAGCAAAAAGAUGUUUAAAGAAAAAAAAACUUGGAUUUGAUAUUUCACAUUUUACACUCUUUAUCUAGUGGCUCUACUUGAGAUAACACAUCAACAAACAUAAAAAAACAAAACAAUAAUAAUAAUAAUAUAUAAUAAUUAAUGUUUACUGGUACAGAUGAAACAAGAGGACUGGAAGAAUGGAAUGUUAACACGAUUGCACAUCUAGAACCAGAAAAGCCUGAAAGCCUUUCUGCCCUGUGGGGUGGGGGGGCUGCGUGAGCUGGUUGAUAGCAGGCGCAAACCCCCCAGAUUUUUUAAUUGUGUUGUUAUACAGUAAUUAUAACCAACAGCACCAAUAAAAUGGAUCUCCUCGCCAAGUUUCAGGCACGAUUUUUCACUCGCUAGCGAAGGAGGGAUCCCUCCAUACUACCAGGAAGUGAGGUGAGCGGUGACCUGUCACAGGUCCAGCAGCUGUAGCUCUGCCCCAUCUCACAUCCACCAACGAACAGAAGCAUCCACAAUGACAAAAAAAUACACAAAAGACUUCUUGCCAAAAUCUAGAACAAAGGAAAGCUAAAAUUCAAAAUAGAACUUGGAAGAAAACCAUAUCCAAGUAACGAUAAACCAACAUCAUCUGUCUUUCAAGUUUUUACCUCGCAUCGCCAAACCCCCUUAAAAAAUGCAGGAGCUGCAUCAGGAACGCAUACAAAUCAAUAGAAAAGGACUCUUCUCCUCAAACCAAGGAUAGAGAGACUUUGGGUAACUACUUGAUGUCAUUUUCAUUUAAAAAAUCCAGGGAAGAAAAAAAAAACAAAAAUAAAAGGACGCCUUUUUCUUCGUCCCAUGUUCACAGUUGAGUGACGCGCGAUGAGAAGGGGUGGGUUUCAGUGGGUUCAGGGAAAAGAGUGAUGCAAGACGGCGGUAACAACUGUAACCUUGUUUUAGUGAAAGGAGGCUGGAGGUGAAGGUUAUUUCAGGGCCCAUCAAGUCGUCUGUGAUGGUCACACUUAAUGCUUGUAAUGUUGUUAAGGGGGGUGGGGGCACUAAAAUCAUCCAGAAUAAAAACAAAUUCUUCUUUCACACUAGUGCAAAAAAGACAUCUUGCUUUUCUUUUUUCCCCAUUUUUUUUUCUUUUUUUGCUUUUAUUUUUUUUUUACAAACAAGCCUGUCAUACUAAGGAGGGAGGUGAAUAUUUUUGGAGGGGGGGGGACUGAGGUCAGUUGAGGGUUUUUCUCAAAGCUCAAAAACAAUCUCUUAAAUAUUGGGUGGAUGGAUUGAUAGUGAGCCUGGCUUAAUGUGAAAGGACUGAGGGCGGAGGCGGGGCCUUUACGACACAGCCGCCGCUUUGGGCAUGUGGCUGGAGGACAGACGUGCCAGGGACACCUCCACGGUGGCGCGCUUGCGGGGGCCCCGCUUGGCCGGCGACGCUUUGGGGCUCAAGCCGAGGCAGGGGUCCCCCCCCGCUCCGCUCACCACCACCACGCCACCGCUGUUCUUGAUCAUGGCCCGUCCACACACCUGGUUCACCAAACUGUUGAUUUGCUCCUGAAUGUGGAAAAGAAAGCGACUCAUGUUGAACAAACGCCGUCUGACGUCUCCCCCGUGUGGACAGAGGGGGAACUGCAGCUGCUCACCUCAUCGUAUCGGUACAUCAUCUUAAGGCCUCUGCAGGACUUGUGUUUCUCCACGUAGCGCAGGGCACACUCCAGACAGAAGACCACGUUGUCAGUCUCCUGAACCACCUGCACAAACCCAAGUGAUAAGUAAACAAAAUACAGCUUUACCCAUGUGCACACAGUAACCAGGACUUUUAUUUUGUAAUAAACCAUUAAUAAAGCCUUUUGUGAACGAUGACCUCACCAUGGACAGGUAGCAGAGGUGCUGACAGAUCUGGCAGCGUCGCUCUGACGACUCCAGCGCCAGCCACUUCCCACGGGGCUUCUUGCGCCCGUCACCGGGGACGAGGUUGCCGUCGUGGGUGCCGUAUCGAGCGGAUGACAGCAAACCUGCCUUGUACAGUUCCUGGCGCUGGCGCAUUUCGAUGUUCCUGGCAGACAGACAGGCGUCACUCACGUUGAUAAUAUGACGUCAUAAUGUGUUUAGCACCCUGUAUGUACUGUGUGUGGCUGUCCUACCUGAGGUCUUUGAGUAGGGCGGAGAUGGUGGAGAGGAGGAAGCCGUUGUCCCUCUUGGACUCGGCCGUAGCGAUCUGGUACAGUAGCUUCUCCAUGGAGAACGGCUUGGCUAUGCGGCGACAUUUCAGGUCCUGUGCAAAAAAUAAACAAUUAACUAUUUGUUAGUGCAGCAUGUCAGUACUGCUCCUAUCAUCUAAAGCUUUUCUUAUUUUAGCCACUGCACCACAAUGCAACACCCUGCAUGGAUGCCAUGUUCCCUAAGGAGCAAUCUAUGCUGUGGCUAUGAAUACGUCAACAUAAAUGCUCAUAAUGACUAUAAUGAGGGUCAGUGGUUCAAAAGAUUGCUGAGAACCAAUCUAAAUACAGGCUAGUUGGUUAAAGAUUCAACGUCUGGGCCUCAGUCAAUUUAUCCGUUUCAGUUCCUGCCAGUGUCCACAGGGGGGCGGUGUUGUGACGGAAUAAACGGGAAAAUAAAAGCACUGUAAUGAAACAUU